GACCAGUCUUUACCUCUGUCUGGGUGAGAAGAAGAACAGUAAAAUGGCUCAACAGGGAGUUCUGCUGGACCACAACCAGUUCAGUUGUUCAAUCUGUCUGGAUCUACUGAAGGAUCCGGUGACUACUCCCUGUGGACACAGCUACUGUAUGAGCUGUAUAAAAGACUACUGGGAUCAGGAUGAUCAGAAGGGAGUCUACAGCUGCCCCCAGUGCAGACAUACCUUCACUCCCAGGCCUGUUCUGAGGAAAAACAACAUGCUGGCUGAGGUGGUGGAGAAGCUGAAGAAGACAGAACUCCAAGCUGCUCCUCCUGCUGACAGUUCUGCUGGACCUGGAGAUGUGCUGUGUGACUUCUGCUCUGGGAGGAAGCAGAAAGCCCUCAAGUCCUGUCUGGUGUGUCUGGUCUCUUACUGUGAGGCUCACCUACAGCCUCACUAUGAAUCUCCUGCCUUUAAGAAGCACAAGCUGGUCAAAGCCUCCUCACAACUGCAGGAGAAGAUCUGCUCUCGUCACGAUGAAGUGAUGAAGAUUUUUUGUCGUACUGACCAGCAGUGUAUCUGUUAUCUGUGUUCUAUGGAGGACCAUAAAGGUCACGAUACAAUCUCAACUGCAACAGAAAGAACUGAGAAACAGCGCGAGCUUGGACUGAGUCAACAGAAUAUUCAGAAGAGAGUCCAACAGAGAGAGAAGGAGCUGAAGGAGCUCCAACAGGCUGUGGAGUCUCUGACUCGCUCUGCACAAGCAGCAGAGAAGGACAGUGAGAGGAUCUUUACUGCGCUGAUCUGCUCCAUUGAGAGAAGACGCUCUGAGGUGAAGGAGCUGAUCAGAGCCCAGCAGAGGGCAGCAGUGAGUCAGGCUAAAGGACUGGUGGAGAGACUGGAGCAGGAGAUAGCUCAGCUGAAGAGGAGAUAUGCUGAGCUGGAGCAGUUCUCACACACAGAAGAUCACAUCCAUUUCCUCCAGGGUUAUCAGUCUCUCUCCAGCCCCAGUGUAUCUUCAGAUGUACGCAGCAGCAUUGCCCCUCAUCGUAAGUACUUCUGUGAUGUGAGGGAGGCUGUGUCCAAGCUGAAAGAGAAACUAGAGGACAUCCUUAAAGGGGAGUGGCCAAAGAUCACAACCACCGUGAAUCAAGGGGAUGUUUUACUGGCACCAAAGCCCAAAACCAGAGCAGACUUCUUACAAUAUUACUGUCAGCUCACACUGGACCCAAACACAGCAUACGAAUAUCUCUGUCUGUUUAGGGGGAAAAAAACAGUAAAACUUACUCAGCAAGUCCAGUCAUAUCGUUAUCAUCCAGAGAGAUUUACUAACAAUUGGCAGGUGCUGUGUGAAAAUGCUCUGUCUGGACGCUGUUACUGGGAGGUGGAGUGGAGUGGAUGUGUUGGUAUAGCCGUCUCAUAUAAAGACAUCAACAGAACACAGUCAGGACGUCUAUCUAGAUUUGGAGACAAUGAUAAAUCCUGGUGUUUAGAGUACUCUGGUCAAUGUUUUCAUUUCAGGUACAAUAAUGUUGAGACAGUAACAUCAAGCUUUGGUUCCAGAGUAGGAGUGUACCUGGAUUACAUGGCAGGUAUUCUGUCCUUCUACAGCAUCUCUGACACAAUGACCCUCAUCCACAGAGUCCAGACCACAUUCACUCAGCCACUCUAUCCUGGGAUUGCAUUUCUGUCUUUUUUGUCCACUGCCAAGCUGUGUGUGCUGGAGUAGUUCACAUUAGUGUCCUUCCCUCCUUACAUCUCUGGUUGUGGAACUGCACCUCCUAACUUCCAUUUCUGCUUUGAGUGAGUUUUUCCUUGUCCUUUCUGAGGGUUUCGAUUGGCUAUUGUGGGCAACUGUGAAGUCAACUUUGUGAUAUUGCUGGGAUAAAGGGCUACACAGAGCAGGUAGUGUACCUGGAUCACAGAGCAGGUACUCUGUCCUCCUACAGCAUCUCUGACACAAUGACCCUCCUGCACAGAGUCCAGACCACAUUCACUCACCCACUCUGUUUUAGGUUUGGAGUUUGGUGUAAUGGCUACACUACUGAACUGUGUGAGCUGAAAUAGAGGUCCCCAUAACUGUCUAUCUUUCAUGUAUCUUCUGAUUUGGUCUUACAAGGAGAAUUCUUUCUCUUCUCCAUGAAUGUCAGGGUUAGAGUUAGAGACUGUUAGAGAUUGACUUUCAUGUUAAAGUAUAGAAGACAACUCAAGCCAGAUCCUGCGAUGAUUUUAAGAGUUAGGGUCAAGCAUCAGCUUCAGUAGGUUAAUGUAAUGUGGAAGAAAAUUCUGUCUGUCUCCACUAGGAUGGUUUGACUGCAAUUUAAAUUUCUGGGUUCAUAUGUAUUUGACACUCAGCUGAUUGAAGAUUGAGUUUAACCAACACCUCGACAUGACAAUGACCUAUGAGACAUUCACUGACAGUGAUGCUAGCAAAGUCUCUCUGAUGCAUUAAGGUCAGACAACAGAAAUUAUAGUAGAAAGGGAUAACAGAGAUAACAUUCAGCCAACAGGUGUCUGUUAAUCAAUCAGGCAGAUACUACAUCAUGGACCCCAUGCAUGUAAAUACAUAGAGAGUUCAGCCUAUGUAUUGCUUCAACUGGUGGUGUGGUUUCCUACAUUUAAAGAAAAUCUGUGUAGUUUUAGGAAAGUGUUCGUUGUUAGCAUUUACUAUGAACAGAAAAUGUUAGUUAUUUACCAAAUUGUAAGUUAUGUUGCAUAAAUACCAAAGGGUU